AUGCCACAGCUCUUCCCAUUUGCCAGCAGCAGCAGCCAUGCACUCCAGCAAGAUGUGCCAGACCCGCGACGCGACCUACCGAAACAUGAUCCCACCAGGAAACGUUCUUCUUCUGUCCUUCGGACCUUCCAUCGGAUUGGCGGCUGGCUGAGGAGGGACGAAGACGAUCUUGCUUUGCCUGACGAGCCGUCACACCAAAUUCAUCAGAAGCAAGCCUUGCGGGAGCAUCUCGCUCCAACGCAGGAAUCAGGAAAUGGCCCCGUGGAACCAGAAGCUGUGCUGGCACCAUCAAGACCGCGGGGAAAUAGUUUGCUCGGCCGUACCUUGUCCAAGUCUAAGAAGGUUGUUCCCGAGCUGUCAAGACAAUUCACAUCCAAGAGGCAGAACUCGGAGAAGAGAGAAAAGCUGUUGGCAGUCGAACCAAGUGCCACAGAAAGAAGAGCGGUGAGCGCCGAACGAAGGCCUCGAGACAUGAGCCCCGGACGCUGUCAAUCUCCUCUAUCAGCUACAUCGCCGCCGCGCUCAGCCCCAGAUAUCAAUACGCCAGGACACAUGCGGUUACCGAUUGGCGACAGUCAUGCAGAGAGCUACUUUGAGGCUAGAGCUAAAGAGCUCAGUGAAUAUCAGCAUGACUGUUUGCCCAAAUCUCUCCCUCUCGAAAGCAUACCGCCUAUGUUAGAGGAAGUCAUCGAGCCUGUAUUCCUCGACGAUCGUGAUCUGCAGGCCGAACUUGAAGCAAAAUGGAUUCUCAAUUUGAGCAUGCACUUCCGGGACAAAUCUGAUCGUGAGAAAUUCUUCGUUACCUACGCCCAAGAACCAAAUCGCUGGUGCAGGGUGACCGUAUCUUGUGAUUAUCGAGAUGCGCCCCCAUCUUCUCUCGAAUCUGACCUGAAGUCUCUCAAGUUUCAGCGAGACAAAAACCAGCGCAUAUACGAGGCUAUCAGAGAGUCUUUGCCAGACAUCCAGUUCUACGAUACCGUUACCAACCUGAAACUCGAGACCGAAGAUGGCCAAUUACAUGUCCAUGUCACCGAGGAUACCAACGAAAUCAUUCCCUAUCCGUCGGUGGACUUUGUCGAAGGCUGUCGCAUGUAUCGCGAAAGCGAGCUUGACUUUCAGUCGCACAUCUCUGGCUUCGUCUACAAAGUCAGAGUCGACAAUCAAGUCUUGAUUAAGAAAGAGAUACCAGGUCCAGAUACAGUUGAAGAAUUCUUGUACGAGAUUGAAGUACUUAAUGAGCUUCAAGGUUCAAAAAGUGUGAUUGACUUCCAUGGCUUGGUCGUCGACGAUGAUGAGAGGCUAGUCAAAGGGUUGCUGAUAUCCUUUGCAUCUCUUGGUGCUCUUGUGGAUGUCAUCUACGAUGAAAAGCCUAGCAGUUCACUGUCGUGGCAUCGUCGCGAAAGAUGGGCCCAUCAGAUCGUUCAAGGCCUUGCUGAGAUUCAUGAAGCUGGCUUCGUUCAAGGCGACUUCACUCUGUCCAAUAUUGUCAUCGACCACGCAGAUGAUGCCAAAAUAAUUGACAUCAACCGUCGUGGCUGCCCAAUCGGUUGGGAGCCACCAGAAAUUCUUCGUCUUGUUCGAAGAGGCCAGAGGGUCAGCAUGUUCAUCAGCGUGAAGAGUGAUAUAUUUCAGCUAGGUAUGGUUUUAUGGGCAUUGGCACAGAAAGAUGACGAGCCGGAGCAUGUCACAAGAACAGACUCUGGAGGCAUGCCUCGCAUUACUGAACAGGAUGUGCCAAACUGGUUUGAAUAUCUUGUCGAUAUGUGCUUGAGUAGCCAGCCUCGGGAUCGGCCGAGUGCAAAAGAGCUUCUGUCGAUGUUCCCG